AUGGCUGUAAGACGAAGCUUAAAAGAAAGCCCCAAGUCUCCAGAGAAGCCAAGUAAUUAUAUGCAAAAUAACUUCACCGGAGAGGAUGACACUUCUAAAGGGAGCAGCGAGGCAGAGGGGGUCAAGGGACCUCGGUCCUCACGGCCGCCGCGGGAGCUGAGAACUGGAACUGGAGACCACCCGCCGCCACGGCCACCGCCCCCGGCCCAGCCCCAUACCCCGCCCGCUCUCGGCCGCCCCCCGCCGCGGUCCCCCGGCCCGGCCCGGGCGCCGCGCGCAGCCCCGGCAGGACAGGACAGGACAGGACAGGGUGCCGGGGCGAGCGGGCCGGCGCCGUUACAUAACCGACCUGCUGGUCGUCCGCGAUGCGUCGGUGGAGGCGGAGGCGACUGCUGGGCGGUCUGCCGGUCGGCGGAGCCGGCGACUGCUGGCGUGGCGCGGCUGCUCACCUGGCGGCAGGGCCGAGAGCGCGCGGGGACGGGCGCGGUGCCCGCGGGCCUGGGCGUGGGGCCGUGCGCGGCGCGCCCCGCCUCCCGGGCUCCGGCUCCGGCUCCGUGUGUCCGCGGGUCUCUGCCUCCCGCCCGCUCCUCGCCGCAACCUCAGCGGCCGUCGCCCGGGACAAAGCGGCUCCGGGGAGGGGCCGAGCCGGCGGCUCUGGCAGGAGCCAGCGGAGAUGGGCGCGCCCCCAGCUCCGACUCAUCGCGCCAACCUCCAAUCAGACCCCGGGAAACUGAGAGCCCCUGUCUGGCCUCCUCUCCUGCCCUCCCGCCUGACCCCGCGCACUUCCCGGUCCCCCACGCACUCCCCUUCCCGGGCACUCCCCCUGCCCUCCGCCCCGGUGCCCAGGAGGGGGUGAAGACCCUCUGGGGACCAAGUUCAGGAGACGGUCCGUAG